GGCCGCUGCGCUGCCUGUCAGCUGAUCGGCUCUGAGGGAUGAGCUGAAGGAACCUGCUUCUUCCCGGCUCAGAUAGUGGAGAAAGCAGAACAAUCUAGAUGACGGCUACUCUGGUACCAGAUAAGAUGAAAGCAAACCAAGAGAAAUUCUGUGGCCAAGAAAGAGAUUUUGUAUAUAAAUUCAAUGUAGGAAACCAGUGCUUUGAGCUUACGGUGCCUCUGCAAUUUCCUGUUCAAGAGAACCCAAAUAACUUGCAUGGACGUCUGAUGCUUCUCCACAAUUUACCUUGUUUCAUAGAAAGUGACUUAAAAAAAUCUCUGAGCCAGUUUAUAGAGGAAGAAUCUCUACGAGAUUAUGAUAGAGAAGCUGAGGCUGCACUGGAAGCUUUGAAAUCUGGUGAAGUUGAUGUGCACCAGCUGACAAGUGCGUGGGCAAAAACUUAUGCCGAGACCACAUUAGAGCAUGCAAGACCUGAAGAGCCAAGCUGGGAUGAAGAUUUUGCAGAUGUCUACCAUGACCUAAUCCAUUCUCCUGCCUCUGAAACUCUCUUAAAUUUGGAGCACAAUUACUUUGUUAGUAUCUCAGAACUUAUUGGGGAAAGAGAUGUGGAGCUUAAAAAGUUACGAGAAAGACAAGGUGCAGAAAUGGAUAAAGUAAUGCAGGAACUGGGAAAGUCGCUAACAGAUCAGGAUGUAAAUUCAUUGGCUGCUCAACAUUUUGAAUCCCAACAGGUCUUAGAGAAUAAAUGGACCAGUGAGCUAAAACAGUCAACCGCCAUCCAAAAACAGGAAUAUCAGGAAUGGGUGAUAAAACUUCACCAAGACCUAAAAAAUCCAAACAACAAAUCCAUCAGUGAAGAAAUUAAAGUUCAGCCUAGUCAAUUCAGAGAAUCUGUAGAAGCAAAUGGAAGAAUUUAUGAAGAUCAAAGGAAGUUAGAAGAAAGUUUUACCAUUCACUUAGGAGCCCAGCUGAAGACCAUGCAUAAUUUGAGAUUGCUGAGAGCAGACAUGCUAGACUUCUGUAAACACAAAAGAAAUCAUCGCAGUGGCGUAAAACUCCAUCGACUGCAGACAGCACUCUCACUCUAUUCAGCAUCUCUCUGUGGCCUCGUUUUAUUGGUAGAUAACCGCAUCAAUUCAUACAGCGGUAUUAAGAGAGAUUUUGCCACAGUUUGUCAAGAAUGCACUGAUUUCCAUUUUCCUCGGAUUGAAGAACAGUUGGAAAUUGUCCAGCAGGUGGUACUUUAUGCUCGAACCCAACGCAGGAGUAAAUUGAAAGAACCAAAUGAUUCAGGAAACCGAAAUGGAGGAAAUGAUGAUAAGAAUAAAAAUAUUGAACGAAACUAUUCAAAUAUUUUGCCUGGAGAAUUUUAUAUUACCCGGCACUCCAAUCUCUCUGAAAUCCAUGUGGCUUUCCAUCUCUGUGUGGAUGACAAUGUGAGAUCUGGUAACAUCACAGCUCGUGAUCCUGCCAUAAUGGGCCUCCGAAAUAUUCUAAAAGUUUGCUGCACUCAUGACAUCACAACAAUUAGUAUUCCUCUCUUGCUGGUGCAUGAUAUGUCAGAGGAAAUGACUAUACCGUGGUGCUUAAGGAGAGCAGAACUUGUGUUUAAAUGUGUAAAAGGUUUCAUGAUGGAAAUGGCUUCAUGGGAUGGAGGGAUUUCUAGAACCGUACAAUUCUUGGUGCCACAGAGUAUUUCUGAAGAAAUGUUUUACCAGUUGAGUAACAUGCUCCCGCAGAUCUUCCGAGUGUCAUCCACACUCACAUUGACAUCUAAGCAUUAAACUCUUCUUCGACAGCAAAUUGAUGAAAGUGAAUUAUUAAAUAUUCCGUGACUGAGGCAACACUGGAAUUAUCUCAAAACUUAGGUGAUGAGAGAGUAACUGUACUGGCAUAAGUCACAUUGUAAGGUGUCUGUGUUAAGCUUGCCAGAUGGUCAUUUGUAUAUGAACAAAUGAAGUCUUUAAUUCAUACAUUGACAUUUUAAAAUCUCCUCCUAUGAGCAGUCCCUAGAGCAUCUAGACUAGUCACUAUCAGUGGACUAUAUGUGUAUGCCACAUAUUACUUUUGUCAGUUCAGAAGUCUUAUUUGUUUCCUUUAUGUAGGACACUAGCUGCAUCUUUUUUCUUAUUUUUCCUGGAGACAUAACAUUUUGUGACCUUGGAAAGAUCUAACUUAUAAUAGGUAUUAAUUUGAGCCUUCCUUCUUGGUAAAUAAUGAAGCAUUUAAAUGUCAGUUAUAUGCAAGGCUUUACUAAAAAUGAAAUGCCCUGUUUACAGUACUUACCUAGUAAAAAGGAAAAUAAACUGAAAUAUAAGCAGCAAAUAGAAUCUGUGUGAAAAUUCUUAGUAGAAAUGAGUGUGCUAUUUCAGUCUACCAACAGACAUUUAUUUGUAAUCACCUACUAUGUGCAAACACUGUACUAAGUGAUUCAGAUACAAAAAUACAAGUGAAACAGUUGCUUCCCUCAAGGAAGUUACAUCCUCAUCAGGGAGAUAAUAUGUACAUAUUCAAAAAACACAUCAAAUGGGGACAAGGCAAGCUUAAAAGAGAAGGGACAGGUAGUUGAGGUGAUUGGGAAGGGGCUCUUGCAGACCUGCAGCACAUGAGCUCAAUCUUGAAGGAAACCUGGGCACAGAGGUAAGUGGAGAGAGCACCCCAGGCACAGAGCAUUGUUGUUGCAAAGGCAGAGACUCGGGAGAUGGCGCACCAUGUCUGAGCAGUAGCUAGUGGCUCUGAUGACUGGCCUAUAGGGAAGUCAUGUUUGCCAAGGGCAGAAAAGUAGAAACGCAUUGAGUUGAGAAUAAUCCAGAAUGCCCCACUAAGGGGUUUCUGUUUCAUCUUCUAGAUGAGAGGGAGUUAUGGGAAUUUUGUUGAAGUAAUGGGUGAUCUGGUCACCCCGUGGCUAGAAGGAAAUCACUUUUUGUGACUGGAGGGUGGAUUGGAGUAGGAAAAGACUUGGGGCAAGGAUACCAAAAAGUUUAAACUUAAACAUGAAAUAAAAUGAACAUUUCCAUAUACAAAGUAGGUCUUAGGGAAAAAAAAGAAUUAUAUGUGAAAUUGUAAAUCUGUCGUGUACAGCUUGCUUUUCCUUUUAUGUCUAUAAUAAA